GUUCAAUUUUGUUUUCCAUCUGUUUUUAUCUAUUUCAACAUGUCUGAUUUAGUUCCAACCUUCCACGAUUUAUCUUUUUACCCUACAGUAGAAACCCAAACUACAAGGUACAACAACCUUGUCAAGUCUUUUGCGGACCAUUUUUCGGGUGAGAAACCAGCGUUUCUUGCCAGGGCUCCCGGAAGAGUUAACUUGAUUGGAGACCACAUCGACUACGUGUACUUCAGCUCGUUGCCCAUGGCCAUUGAGAAUGAUCUCGUGGCCGCUGUUUCAACCACUAACAACUUUGCCGUCAAUGUUAUCAACACUGAUACAAAGUACGAAGCAACUACCUUUGAUUUGCCUCAAGAUAGUCUUUUGACAAUCAACAAAGAAGCAUUCCACUGGACCAACUACGUCAAGUGUGGGUUCCUUGUGGCAGCCAAAUUCUUGCACGACAAGCACGGAUACAAGUACUCCGACUUUAAGGGCUUGAAUAUUGUCUAUGACGGGACAGUACCUACUGGAGGUGGAUUAUCUUCUUCUGCUGCCAUUAGUGUGUGUUCGGCAUUGUUGUUCUUGCGGGCCAAUGGCUACACCAGCAUCACCAAGUUAGAUUUGACAGCCAUCACGGUUGUAUCGGAACACUACUUGGGUAUGAAUACUGGUGGAAUGGAUCAAUGUGCGUCUGUGUACGGAGAAAAAUCCAAGGCCAUGUUGGUUCACUACCAACCCCAAAUAUAUGGAGAGAUUUUUGCCUUCCCCGUCAUCAAGCCCUAUGACAUGGUGUUAUUGAUCUCCAACUCAUUGGUAGAAGCCAAUAAGGUUGAAACUGCCCCUACCAAUUACAACUUGAGAGUGGUGGAGUUUGCAGUGGCUGCGGAGCUUUUGGCAAAGCGCGCAGACUUGAAGCUCGUCGCUGAUUCUAGUUUAGGAACCGGAACCUUCAGAGGAUUCUUGGACAAUUACUGUGAACAGAAGUUGGGAUGGCCACAUUGGGAUGGCCACAACAUCGACCAAGCCCUCAAGAUGUUUGAAGCAAUCUUGCAAGUGGUUGAAGAAUUGUACACUCCAGAAGAAAGAGACGGCUUCACCACCGAAGAAGCUGCAACUGAUCUUGGUCUUACCACUGAACAAUUCACCCAAAGGUACUUGAGCAAGUACCCAGUCAGGUACGAAAAAAUGAAGUUGUACAUCAGAUCCAAGCAUGUUUUCACCGAAUCAAUGAACGUGUUCAGAGUGUUGAAGUUGCUUUCGAGUGAACCAAAACCCACUUUUUUGCAAGAGUUGGGACAAAUCAUCAAUGACUCCCAGUACACUUGUGCCCAUGGAGUGCAAAACUCGACUGCUGAUAUCGACCAGAUCUGUGAUAUUGCUUUGAAGAACGGGUCGUACGGGUCUAGAGUUACUGGUGCUGGAUUUGGAGGUUCGGUGGUCCACAUCACUACUACCGAUAAAAUCGACCAGUUGACCAAGGCUUUGACCGAACAGUACUAUCAAAAGAACUUCCCAGGAAUUACUCAGGAGACCUUGGACAGUGCAUUGAUCAUCACCAAGCCUUCUGCUGGUGCUUCGCUUGUAGAGUUGUAGAUAUUAAGCUUCGCAGGUAUAAAAUGUAUGACGUUACAG